CCUCCUGGGUUGGAAUCUGUGUCUUUUCCAGUGGUUUCCAGUGACAGUGACAGCGACUCCGAUAUCAGCUCCUCCAGCCCGGAGGACAGACUCCCACCCGCCGGGGUCAGAGACCCAAAAGUCGACAAACCCUUGGGGGAAUCAGGUGGCAGCACGCAGACCCCCAGCACAGGGCUGACCUCCCUGCCCGGCCACCUGUCCGGGAGUCAGAGCAGCCUGGCCAGCGAGACGGGGGCAGGCACCACGGACCCCCAGGGAGGCCCCUCACCCCAGGCCCCCCCAAAGUGCCCCAGUGAGUGCCAAGCCGCUCCUCGUGGCCGUCCAUCUCCUCUUCCACUCCCCACUCUCCCACCUGCCCCUCGGCCUCUCCCCCUCAGUCUCUACAGCUGUCAUGUGGCAGGUGACAGUUCCAGUUCUUCAUGUCCACGGAGAGCUGUGUUGGGCAUGGGGGAAACAGCAGAGCCAGGCAGUGCUGGGCCCCGAGUGUGGCUCCCCCUGCCCGGGGAGCCAGCCCCCAGCCUUCCCGGGCAGCCCCCCGAGUUAGUGGCCUCAGGCCUGGGGUCCGUUCCGGCAAAAGACACACCCGAGCGAGUCCCCACUGCUGACGUGGGCUCCACGGUCCCCUCAGCCUGCCCCGGGCGGAGGCACGUUGGGUGCGCGGCGCCUUCUUUCCUGCGGGAGAUUCUGGGCGAGCGAGACUGA